GUCACUCAAACACAGAAGCAGGAAACAGGAAUCACGUGAGUUCAGGGAAAGAGAAACUGUAGAAGUGUAGUUGAGCUGUUGUCUGUUUGUGUCUCUGUGUUCAUGCAGUAAAAUGGCAGAAACCAGAAUUUCGGUAGAUCAGAAGGAGUUCAUGUGUGCCGUGUGUCUGGAUCUCCUGAAGGAUCCAGUGGCCAUUCCCUGUGGACACAGUUACUGUAAGAGCUGUAUUACAGGCUGCUGGGAUCAGGAGGAUGAGAAGAGAGUCUACAGCUGCCCUCAGUGCAGACAGACCUUCAGUCCAAGACCUGCUUUAGCUAGAAACACCAUGCUGGCUGAAGUGGUGGAGAAACUGAAGAAGACCAAACUCUCUGCUGACUGUGACGCUGGAGCUGGAGAUGUGCAGUGUGACGUCUGUACUGGAAGAAAAUACAGAGCUGUCAAGUCCUGUCUGGUGUGUCUGAACUCUUACUGUCAGAAUCACCUCGAACAACAUGAGAGUUGGUUUAAAGGAAAGAAACACAAUCUGACUGAUGCCACUGGACAACUGCAGGAGAUGAUCUGCCAGAAACAUGAGAAGCUCCUCGAGGUUUUCUGUCGCACUGACCAGAAAUGUAUAUGUGUGCUGUGUAUGGAUGAACAUAAAAACCACGACACUGUAUCAGCUGCAGCACAGAGGACAGAGAAGCAGAAGCAGCUGAAGGAGACGCAGAAGACGUUCCAGCAGAGAAUCCAGCAGAGAGAGAAAGAUCUUCAGCAGCUGAGAGAGGCUGUGGAGUCUCAUAAGGUGAGUCUGGAGAAGAAGAGAAGU